AAAUGUAGUGUGAUGAAAAAAAACGGACAACAUAGUCGUUUUCAGCGCAUCAAAAUCGUAUAGAAACGUCAUUCAAAGUUCAAAGCACAAGACUCCUCAAAUUUUGUAGAGCUGUGUUAUGUAUAAAACGUAUCGAAUUAACUACAUAUAUGAACAUAUAAAAAAACUUCCAAUUUUUUCGAAAAUGAAAAUCUGUGUUACAGUUUAUGCAACUUAUGAUGUUUACAAGCGAUACGAACGGAAUGCUAGCAAGCGGCUUCUUAAUUCUUAGCCAUUUCACUUAUAUGUUCAUCGGUAACUUGGCCGGACAGAUAGUCACAGAUCAUAAUAACAAUAUUUUUAAUGCAAUGUAUAUUUAUUAAUUAAUUUAUAAAUGUAUUUAAUUACUAAAUGUUAUUAAUAUAUAAUUUAAUUAAUUACGUACGUAAUUAAUAUAAUAAUCCAACGACUACAGUUUAAAGAAAUACUUGUAAAUUUCGUUUACAUCUUUUAAAAGCCUGUUGUAACUUUACAAACAAAAAAUAGCGUUUACAUAUUUAUUGUAUGUUUUUACUUGAUUAAUUGAGAGGUGUUUAAAUUUAUAUUAUUUUAACACUUAGGUAUAUUCUGAAAUGGUACACAAUGUCAAUAGAAGCUCAAAAACUGCUACUUUUUAUAAUCCAAACAAAUACGAAAACUUACUAUCUUAUUAUCGGUAAUAUUUUCGCCGCUUCUCUAGAAGGCUUUGCUACGGUAAUAUAUAAUCAUAUCAAUAUAAAUAUAUAUAAUUUAUUGUUUAUUCUAAAUUUUCUAAAAAUUAAACAUUUUAGUUAAUGAGUAUGACAGUGUCUUACUUCACAAUGAUUUACUCCACACGAUGACCACAUGAUAUACGAUACAGCAUUUAGUAGCUCAUUGUAGAGAAUUACACGCAUUCUUGAAGAAGUCGAUAUUUUUUGGCAAUCUGGUAUGUACCACAAUAUUUCCAAAUAUCACAAAAAAACAUUACUCAACAAAUUAACGUUCGCGAUAGCUUCACAUUUCAUAGUACAAAAUACUGAUACCAGCAAUAAGAGCAAAACCAUUAUUAAAAUAAAACAAUUCAACUUAAAAAUAAAUUUUAUUUAGAAUUUUAUUAAAGUUUCUAUAAUAAUAUCAUUUGUUAUAUAAUCUUAGAAUCUUUUGAUUAUUAACUAAAUCAGACAUGUAUAUAAAUUUAAUAAUAAUGUACGAAAAUGUUUAUAAUGCAAUAUUAAAAUUUUUUUCAGAGACUAAUAGCAAAUGAUCAUAUUUAAUGAUUACACUUGUAUAAUGAUACAUAUAUAAAUAUGUGGAUUUAUUAUAAUCUUAUCUUGCACAAAGUGGAAUAUAAAAAAAAUGUUGAGCAUAUUUAUCAUCGUUAAAACUCAUUAUAUUAUUUUAUAUUUAUUUAUCUGAGUUCUAAAAUUGUAGGUUUUUUUACCUAACCUUUCCAAUUAUUAUUGAAUUUAGUACUUAUUCUUUACGUAUAAUUCACAGUAAUUAAAAUCAAAAUGAGAUCGAAUAGUAUCUUUUUAAACAAAUUCGUAAAAGAUAUUUUUAAAGUGCUACUCGUAUUUUUUUACAUUAACAUUACUGUGAAUGAAAAUUUACCCGCAGUAACAACCAUGAUUGAGAAAAUUUGCUAUACUCUCUUUUAUUUAGAUUUAUCACUUCUUUUCAUAUAUAUGUAUAUAUAGCAAUAUGCUUUUUAAUAUAUUAUACAUACAAUAAAUAUGUAUAUAAAUUUCACUCACAUAACUUUACACUCACUAAAACUGCAUAUUCUUUGCAUAUUAAUAUUUUCAUAACUAAAUAAAACUAAGUAUGAAUUUCUUUCUAUACGGCACGUCAUAGAAAACACUCGCGUGACGGAGCACUUCGAAGUACAAUGCUCGACGUCUCGGACAACUGUGAGCUUAUCGCGCGAGAAGCCUUUUGAAAAUCCGUAAUUGCGCCUGCGCCAACGUAAAAAAAAUGGGAGGUAUUAUUUCACCCUUGCCGUGAGAAAACAACAUUGGACAAAUGAACGUGCAAUUUCGAUAAUUUAACUUCCUGUCGUUCCCUUCGGUGAAAACGCAAAUGCGACCGAUCGAUGGUCGUCCCUAACUUGGCGCGGUACGAUGAACACUAAUAACAAUAUUUUAUAAAAACACAUCUGGCGAGGGUAGAAAACAGUUACAUUAUUUUAUCGAAUAAAGUACCAUACGGCAUCUCAACAUUUUGUGAACAUGUUCUUGAAUCGCGAGAAGUCAGACUUCGCCGAGAAUCAUUAUUACAAGUUAAAUCAAAUAUUUCUCGCAGCGAUCAGUCUGUGGCCGUACCAACAAUCGAAGUUUAUUAUAAUUAGUCAUAUCUUCCAUUUUAUAAUAAUGGGAUCAUUCGUGUUUUUUCAGUUAACAUCGUUUCUUACAUUCCAAUUCACCCUGGAUCUAUUUGUUAUGGUACUCUCAAAUGCCGUACCGUCUUGCUUAUACAUCGUACAGUAUUAUUCGUUUUGUAUUCAAUCCAAUACAAUAAAGAGAUUUUGGAAAGAUAUACGUGAUAGUUGGAAUCUUUUAAAAAAUGAAACAGAACGUAAUAUAAUGCGUCAACAAUCAUUCUUUGGUGAACUAUGCACGAUAUUAUUAUCAUUGAGUAUCAGCAUAAGUAUUAUUCUGUAUGCAUUCAUUGAACUAUUACCGACUAUCCUUGAUCUAAUCUGUCCGCUAAAUGAAACUCGCCCGCGCGAACUUCAUGCUUUGGCAGAAUACUUCAUCGACAAGCAAACAUAUUUCUAUCCAAUUUUAUGUCACUGGUUGAUUUGCUUGGCUUUCGGUGGCUUUGUCUUUAUGGCCACAGGUACAUUCGAAAUGGUAUACAUCGAUAAUGUUUGCGGAUUAUUUAAAAUUGCCAGCUAUCGAAUUGAAUGUUCAAUCAAAAAAUAUGCAUCGUAUAGUUCUGUACAAAAGAAAGAUUAUGAAGCUCAACGAAAUAUAAUCGCCGCAGUGGCGAUACACACAAGAGCCCUCGAAUGCUCCGAAUUUUUUUCAAAAAGUUUUACAUCAUAUUUCUUUGUAUUAAUUGUAAUUGGUGUUUCAUCUACAAGUUUGAAUUUAUUCCGAUUGCUCAGAGCAAUAAUUUCACACAAUAUGUUUGAGUUUAUCGCAUCAAUAUUAUUCAUCGCUUUCCAUUUUAUAUUCUUGUUUUUGGGUAAUUAUUACGGACAAAAAAUUACGGAUUGUAAUAACGAAGUUUUUAAUUCUGUAUACAAUGUACAAUGGUACAAAACUUCAGUAAAAAUCCAAAAAUGUCUACUAUUUAUAAUGCAAAAUACUACGAUCCCAUAUGUUAUAAAUAUUGGCAACUUAGUUUGGGCUUCUGUAGAAGGUUUUGCUAAGGUAGAAAGAGAAUUGACACAUGAUACAUGUGAAACAAUCAUAAAGUCUUCCUAACAAAAUAUAUUUAACAAAUUUGUUUUACAGCUUGUAAGCACGUCAAUGUCUUAUUUCACGAUCAUUUAUACUCUACUAUAAUAACAAAAUAGACAACACAAUGAAUUUGCUGAUUAUAAAUAACAUGUGCUGAUAAAAGACAUUACGCAAAGUAAACCAUCCGCUCGUGGUAAAGAAAUACUAAUUGUAAUUUAUAAACAAAUUAUUAUUUUAUAUUUUAUUUUAUAUAAUAAAAAUUAUUACAGGUACAUCUGUAUACGUUAGCAUAUAUUGUGAGGAAAAAAUGUCACUAAUACAAAUAUUCAGAUAAAAUUUCUUAUUUUGAUUAUAAUCGGUAAUAAUAAAUAGAAUUGAAUACAUUAACAACA